AUGCCUGAUGCUGGAACAAUUAAUACACUUCUCUGGAGCGGUACAUUUUCUACACAAAAGUUCUACUGCUUUACAACGGCUCCUCGAAAGCACAAGGCAGAUCUAUCUUCAACUUCGAAGAAACUGCCAACGGAUAAAAAGACAAAAGCUGAGGAAACUGAAGCAAUAGUAAUGAACCCAGCUAACCUGAAAGUCGAUUUGGAGACAAUAUGGCCUGAUCUUGAGUCCGGACUUGACGACAUUUUUGGAGAACGUCGGAUUGAGCAGAAACGGUACAUGACUCUUUACACUAAUGUGUACAAUCAUUGCAUCAACACCCCAAGUUCGUUCUCCGAUUCAACAAUUGUUGCACCAAAAAGCGGUCGUGGUGUUAGUCGAAAUUCAAUGAAUGGCUAUGGAAAUGGAUCUGAAUUCACUGGCGGCGAACUUUAUCAACGUCUUAAGAAUUAUCUUGAACGCACCGUGAUUAAAGCUCUUCAGGAAGGCAAAGAAAAGCAUGACGAAGAACUGGUUCGCUUCUACGUGAAGAAAUGGGAGCAAUUCCGUUUCUAUUUCAAAGUCAUUGAUGGCAUUUUUGCUUAUCUGAACAAACAUUGGAUCAAGCGCCAAAUUGAGGAUAAACGUGAUCCCAUCUACUACGUUAAGACGCUUGGACUUGUUACUUGGCGAGAUGUUUUGCUAAGCGAACUGGAUGCUAGAGUCAUGCAAGGGGUCAUGGAUUUGAUUCGGCAAGAGCGCGAUGGACAAACUAUUGAUCGAUCACUCAUCCGGGCUGUGGUUGAAUCUUAUGUUGAUUUGGGUAUUGAUGAAGACGCAAGUUGCACAAGCCGUACUGUGGAGAAAUCUGAUCUGAAGUUCUACCGACAAAAGUUCGAGAAGCGCUUCUUGGGAGAAACGGAGAAUUACUACACCACUGAGGCAGAUGAUUUCCUUCAACAAAAUCCAUUCACCGAAUACAUGAAGAAGAUUGAAAAACGCUUGAACGAGGAAGCAGAAAGAUGCAACUUCUAUCUUCAGACAUCCACGCUUCAGCCGCUUUCUCAAAUCUGUGAAACGGUUUUCAUCCAGAGGAAGAUUGAACUUUUCCAACGCGAUUUUGGACCAUUGCUUGAACAAGAACGAGAUGAUGAUCUUGCCAGAAUUUAUCAGCUAUGUGGCCGUAUUGAGCAAGGACUUGAAGAACUGAAGCUGGCUCUUGAACGUCACAUUACGCGACAAGGACAGAAUGCCAUUGAUGAAAUUGCCAAGAAAUCACCAAAUGAUCCACGUGAAUUCAUGCGAGGAAUUUUGGAAGUUCAUAUGCGCUACAAAGGACUCGUGUCAAAGUCAUUUCAGAAUGAAGCUGGCUUUAAUCAAGCACUUGACAAGGCUUCGUCCAACUUCAUCAAUAAAAAUGCGAUCACUAAGAUUGCCGGAAAUAGUUCUUCGAAAGGUCCCGAACUUAUUGCCAGAUAUUGCGAUCUGUUGCUUAGGAAAUCCAAAGAUAACAUUGGAGAAGCCGAAAUGGAGGAACAGUUGCAGAAUGUUAUCGCGGUCUUCAAAUAUAUCGAGGAUAAAGAUGUCUUUCAGCAAUUUUACACAAAGAUGUUCUCGAAACGGCUGAUUGGUGGACUCAGUGCUUCAGAUACAGCUGAAUCUCAAAUGAUCUCAAAAUUGAAGCAAAUGUGCGGCUUUGAAUACACCAGCAAGCUUCAACGAAUGUUUACGGAUACAGAGCUUAGCAAGAAUAUUACGGAGAAUUUCCGCAAAAAUUGUCAAGAGAAGGACAUUGCACUCGGGUUGGACUUUACGAUCAUGGUUCUCGGAUAUUCCUCGUGGCCAAGCAUGCCACAACUUCAAAUGCAGAUGCCGUUGAAAUUGUCUGAAACUAUUGAACACUUCAAGAAUUACUACAAUACUCAACACAAUGGGCGCAAAUUGAGCUGGAUCUAUUCACAAUCACGAGGCGAGCUUUCCAGCACCGGUUUCCAGAAGAAAUAUGGUUUUCAGGCAUGGACAGCUCAAAUGGCUGUUUUGAUGCUCUAUAAUGAGGCUCCGAAGCAGGCUUUGAAUCUCAAAGAGAUGAUGUUACAAUUGAACACGCUCAAGGAACAACUCGUCCCUGUCGUUGGAUCGCUUCUUAAGAACGAUCUUUUGAAGUGUGACGAUGUGGCGGCCGGUACAGAAAUCGAGAACGAGAUUGCUGAUACCGCUGUCUUCACGCUUGAUCCAAACUUCCAGAGCAAGAAGAUCAAAGUGGAUUUGACAAGAACUCAGAUGCGCUCUGAAGUGAAGAAAGAGGCAGAGAAAGACAAGAAAUGCAUUGAAGAGGACCGACGACUCGUCAUUGAGGCUUGCAUUGUUCGAAUCAUGAAGACUCGUAAGCGACUUGCACACAAUGAAUUGAUCUCCGAGGUUCUUCAACAGCUCUCCACUCGAUUCACUCCAAACGUGAUGAAGGUGCGUACGUCGAUUGAGGGUCUCAUGGAGCGUCUUUUCCUCAAACGGGCCGAGGAUACGAUGAAUGUUUAUGAGUACAUUGCC